CCGGCUUCGCAAGAGAGAUGCUGAAAGCUAGUCCGAGUGCUAAGGCCAGGGCCGAAGGUCCCCGCCGUGCCGUGAAGGGCGGGGAUGUGACUGGCGACCGGCCUAAGGGGGGAGGUACUGACUGGAGUCGUGUGACCUUGUCCUCCAGCAGACGCAUCUGACAUGUCAUUUGAGGAGCUGUUGAGAUUACAGAGCCAAGUGGGAUCCAAGGCAUACAAACAGUUGGUAGCUGGAAACAGCGCUAAAACUCGAAGCCCCAGACAACCCGCGUGUGUCGCCGAUAAGCUCCGGCCUCUGGAAAUGUCAGCCAAAGUCCGGGUGCCAUUCUUACGUCAGGUGGUUCCCAUCAGUAAAAAGGUCGCCCGAGACCCCCGCUUUGAUGAUCUGUCAGGGGACUAUAACCCUGAAGUGUUUGACAAAACGUACCAGUUCCUGAAUGAUAUCCGAGCCAAGGAGAAACAGCUUGUGAAAAAGCAGCUGAAGAAGCACCGCUCAGGGGAGGAGCGUGAGAAACUGCAGCAGCUGCUUCAGCGCAUGGAGCAGCAAGAGAUGGCACAGCAGGAGCGCAAGCAGCAGCAGGAGCUGCGCUUGGCCUUGAAGCAGGAGAGGAGGGCUCUGGCACAGCAGGGCCAUCGGCCAUACUUCCUGAAGAAAUCUGAGCAGCGCCAGCUGGCCCUAGCUGAGAAGUUCAAGGAGCUGAGACGCAGCAAGAAGCUGGAGAGUUUCUUGAGUCGAAAGAGGCGCCGGAAUGCAGGCAAGGACAGGAGGCAUCUCCCUCUGAGCACGGAGUAGGAAGGAGCCGUCCCAGGAGGUCCGGAUCUGCAGGGACCAAUCUGGGGUUGGCCAGUUCUGGUUCUCUCCUGCUCAAAGGCAGGCAUGCCAACUCCAACUGCUCUAGGCCGACUCAGAAGACCGGUGUGCCCUUGGACUGUCAGGGCUGUACAACAAGACCUCAGCCUUCCACGGCACACCACCUUUCUGGAAUCUGGUCUGUGAACAUCUGAUGUCAUGGUCUCAUGUUCUUGUCCCAGCCUUGCCUUAAGCCAGUGUGACUCAAAUGAAAAGGGGGCGUGGGCUGUGGUCAUGUGAGCUUUCUGGGCAGGGACUUCACAUAAGAGUCACUUUAGAAACAUG